UCUCACUCACCAAACUACCACCCAACUCUCCUCUUCAUUUUCUCCAGUCUACCUCGCCAUCAUGGUCGCGACGACAACAGAACAACUUGCGGCAUUAGAAGGCACAACAGUUGUUGUACAUCCGCUUGUCCUUCUCUCCGUUACAGACCACCACGCGCGAUCUGCUGCCCGAACGCCAAACAAACGAGUGAUCGGUAUCCUUCUAGGUCAAGACAACGGCAAGACCAUCAAUGUUGCCAACUCCUUCGGUAUUCCGUUCGAGGAAGAUGAGAAGGAUAGUAAGACAUGGUUCUUGGACCAUAACUACAUUGAAGGAAUGUGGGAGAUGUUCAAGAAGGUCAACGCGAGAGAACGGAUGAUUGGGUGGUAUCAUACCGGACCGAAACUUAGGGCGUCGGACCAGGAGAUUAAUGAUUUGCUCAAACGAUACAUUGCAAGACCAGUCAUGGUCAUCGUGGACGUCCGACCACAUACAGUUGGUAUCCCUACAGAUGCUUACUUUGCGGUUGAGGAGAUCAAGGAUGAUGGUACAGAAACACGCAAGACCUUCCUCCACGUCCCCUCAGCAAUCGAAGCUGAAGAAGCCGAAGAGAUCGGUGUCGAGCACCUUCUCCGUGACAUCAAAGAUUCCACCACAACCACCCUCGCCACCCGCGUCUCCGAACAACUCGCUUCCCUGCGCGGUCUCCAAUCACGGAUAUCCGACAUUCAGAAAUACCUCGUAGAUGUCGCAGGAGGCAAAAUGCCCGUGAAUCACCAAAUUGUCUACCACCUACAAGACGCGCUGAAUUUGCUGCCGGAUUUGAAUGACCCGGAGACGACGCAUAGCUUCGUCACGAGCACGAAUGAUGAGCUGCUUGUGGUGUAUUUGAGUAGCUUGAUUCGGGCGGUGAUUGCUCUGCAUGCGUUGGUGGAUAAUAAGGCGAGCAUCGGAAGGGCAGAGUUCGAGGAAGAAGGCGGCCUAGAGAAAGAGAAGGAGCAGAAGAAAGAAACUCCCAAAGAUGAGAAGAAGGAUGAGAAGGCAAAGGAAUCGGACAAGGGACUAUAGAUGCCUCGUUGUAGACUAGCAUUCCUCGUUGAUUGAUCACUAUCUAUGUCUUUGCACUUCAUGGAUCGCGUUGCAGAGACAUUGUCUGAAAAGAGUCAUCCAGAGUUCACGCGU